UAGCGACAGCAGCUCGUUAGCUGUCAGUUCGUCAGAAUCUAGAAUCUCUCAUUGUCUUCUCAUCCUACGAACUAGGAGGGUCCUCGCUUCACGUUCGAUGCAUUACGAUGCGCCGUAUAAAGCCACAGAUGCUAUUGCUGGUGGGAAUGCACGGCUAAUACGAUUUGGAUACGUUUAAAGUCGGCACCAAAACCACUACAACGGCUAUGUCGUUGUUCGCUCAUAGUGAACUAGCCAGCCCUUCAACCAGACGAUCCGCCGCCCGUUUAUCGGUCCUACGUACUAACAACCGUUUAGUGUUUGAUGGCCUUUCCACUGGUAGGUCUAUUCGUCCGCUCCGACGGUUGAAGUGAGGGUACCUCAGGAUUACCGUCUCUUUUCGAGAUGGUUGCCAGCGGCAGCGACAAGGUAGCUGUUGCAACAGCACUUGUGUUCAGUAUCGGUGGCAUUAAUCGGGAGGAGCAGCGGCAGUCGUAGAUAUCUGUUCGUGUGAACCAUCGCCCUGCCAACAAAUUGCCAGCUAGCAGCAGUAGUAUGCGCCUCUGUCCUACGCUGUCCCCUUGCGUUGACGUAAGUCAGAGGCAGUGGCCUGUAGAGCCAAAGCUGAUUCGUCUGUUCGUCGAUAUCGACGUAGCCAAGACCAUCUGAUUAAGUCUGAAGGGAGACGGUCUGAUGUACCGAUGGAGUGAGCGAACAAACGAACUUUCCACACAAGUGGUUAGCGUUAAAGCCAGCCAAGCUACGCUAUUAACUCAAGUUCGAGCUUGCUCACCUCGCAGGUGUCUACAAGGGAAGCCUCGAGUGCUUUUGGAAGAUCUGUAGCAGGUUACAACAGAUUCAGGAAUAAUGUUGGACAGCAAUGGGCGAGAACGUGCGUGCGUGCACUGUGGUCAUCGCGAAGGGUCCUGUUCUGGCUCAUCGGCGCCGCCCCCUACUGGCGACCGUGCGUAUCUUUGGGAUUGGUUUGAUCGGAAGAUGGAAGAGAUGCACGAGGAACUGAUACGUGAACGUAAGAGGAUCUUCGGGCCUACAUUCGGAGAUGUGCGCGGGUUUCUGAGCCCACAGCGGCGUUUAAGGAUGUUUGACACAAUGUUUCCUGAGAACGCAGACUUCCCACACCGAAUCGGUUCCCCACAGCCCAGAUUCUCGAAGGACACAAAAAGUGGCCUGCUAAAACUUGAGCUGGAAACCGGCGAGAAGACGGAGCCAGAGGAUGUACAGGUUCGCGUUCGCGGUCGCGAAAUUUCCUUUUCAGCCAAAAGCGAAAAGCGGACCAAUGACGGCCGGGACUAUUCGUUCAGAGAAAUCCACCGACAAUUUUCCGUGCCCGACGAAGCGGACGUCGAACGCCUUAAGGCCAAAUUGGAAGGAGGCAAAGUUAUUAUCACAGCUCCACCUGUCGAGGAGCGCAAGAAACAGCGGCCGCAAGAGGUCGAUAUCCCUGUGAAGGUGCUUCGAAGUGAACUUUGAACCAAGAAGGGUUGAACCGUUCACCUGGCAAAUUGUACCGUAUAAUGUCCGACCAAAUCGCUAAAAAAAAAAAGAAAGGCUUUUCACUUUUAUCAAAACCGAAGCAAUUUUAUGGUAGCACGUACGCAUUAUUAACCGGAUCGUACAUUCACGAACUCGAGCAUCUUAUCAGUCAGGUAGCGUGUAUUAUACAAUACGAUAUAAGUAGUUCAACCCACCGAAUCUGAUUGCCUACGUCCCCUUCAUACAAAGUAUCUCGAUGUGUGCCAUUGAAUAUAGUGUAAAAUUUGUGCCUACGGUCGGUCAUAUUUUCUAUUGAUUGCUCAUGUACAUCAAUAUUCGUAUCUAACCAAAAUGAGAAUAGUUAUAACUUCAUUAUACCCACAUAUAUGAACAUGACACGUGACCGAAACAAAAUUCAAACAAUAUCCCAGUGUACUAACUAGUUAGAACAGGUACUAGUUCCAUUAUUUUUAGAUAUGCCGGAAACCUCACACAAGCUGAGCAAUUUGUAUCUCUUACCGUAAUUUUAUGUAAAACUAGUUGAUUACGGAGUAAUGAUAAUUGUUGACCUACGAGAUAGUCGUAUGAGAUUAUUAAGAUCAGCUGAAACAUCUUUGCCAAGUAUUACAAUGGUUUAUGGCAAUAUGCUAUUGCUUAGCAUUGCAUAAUGAACUUACAUGUCGUUUGUAUUUUUCGUGUGUCAGUUGACCCGUAACAGAAGCACUGGGUUAGCUAAGGAUAUGCAAGGUGUAACAUUGCUAUGACACUAUACGCCAACAAUUGAUAUUGAACGCGCGGUUCCAUUGGUUGGUUUCUGUCGGGGAUCUUAACUGGGUUCCGCUGCGAUCAUGCCUAGAAGUGUGAUGUACUCGAGUGUUUCGUAUAUUAGGCCGUUGUCCUUGUGAGUGAUAUAAACAGCUUAAACAGGAUCCAACGCCUCAUCUUGCAUAAGGCUUCGAAAUGAUAGCAGGCAGGUAUUUCGCUCGUUUAUCAAAAGUCAAACAAGCUGUACGGAUAUUGCGUCAAGAACGUCACCAAACAGAGUUUUGACUCUUACCUAUGGUAACACGUUAUUGAACAUCAUUCGAUGCGCGUCGGAUACACCGGUCGGCUUAGUUAUAAAGGGAAGAGACCGAAAGCGCGUGAAGCGUCUGCAAAAGAAUUAUUUGAAACGUCAAUAUCGUUGGCAGCUACUCACAGCAGCCCGCCGAAGCUUUGCCAGUAGUCUGUCCUCAUAGAGAAACGGGACGUUUGCAUUCUUCUAAAAGCUUCCGCUCGUAGUCACAGAGUUACCAAAGGACGAUAGGCUAAAAAGAUCGGCAACGCAUUCGAAUAUUCAUAAUACGUGCCAUUUCGUAUUAAUAAAAAAUCGAUAUUAUCAGUUCCUAUUCAUGUUAUUCUGAUGGCAGAUACCGCAGGAUAUGAGACGAUAGAAGCAAAUUAUUUUAGCAAAAACAAUCAGAUGGAAAAGUAAACGUAGUACAUCGCUCUGGCAAGCAGUAUAAUGAAUAUUAGGUAGCAUGGGAUUGAUAGAUCCGUGUAAUAUAUGCAUAAUGCUGGCAGUCUGUUGCUGUAAGCAAUUGUAUGGCAAUAAAAUCAAACAUGCAACCUCA